UGAGUUUAUCUUUGCCUCAGGUUCACCAGUAUGUAUCCAAGAAGAAGGAAAAAGGUGUGAGUGAGAUCACAGAAAAAAGUUAUAUGAAGAAGAAGACGAGAGAGUAUAUCAGUUUCCAAUUGAGCAAUCACAUUCUCCUCAUUCUCUCUCUUUCUCUCUCUAUAUCCAUAACGCCACACUGUAUGUACGCAUUUCAUCUUCCUUAAGCACGAUGCCUUCACGUUCCUUCUUGCAGUUUCCAGUUUUACCGGCGGAAUCUUCACCACCGCCGCCGGAACUUCCAAAACAACCUCACCAUCACACAAACGACGCCAAAUUAAUCCUUCCGAUUGUCGCGGCGUCGGUUACGGUAACAUUUCUCAUUCUAUUCAUUAUUUUCUACCGGAAAAUCUCCCGGAAACGAACCGCACCUGCAGAUCUGAAGCUACCUCAACCGUUCACUUACUCCGAGCUUCGUCGCGCUACGUCUUCCUUCUCCGCUGCUAACCGACUCGGUCAGGGAGGAUUCGGUUCCGUCUACAGAGGAAUUCUUCCGUCAGGUCAGGAAAUCGCUGUGAAGUUAAUGGAUGCGUUAGGAUCUUUACAAGGUGAGCGUGAGUUUCACAAUGAACUAUCUAUAUCUUCAACGAUUGAUUACUCUUGUUGCGAACAUGUUGUCGCCAUUUUAGGAUUCUCUUCCGAUCAACGUAGUCGUUGUAGGCGGAGAUUGUUGUUAGUUUAUGAGUAUAUGCAGAAUGGAAGUUUGCAGGAUGCGCUUCUAGAUAAGAAGUGUAUAGAACUGAUGGAUUGGAAAAAUCGAUUCGCUAUAGCACUGAAUAUUGCGAAAGGGAUUCAGUACCUUCAUUGCUCCUGCAAUCCGCCUAUUGUUCACGGCGAUAUAAAGCCGUCGAACAUUUUGCUCGACGGUUACUUCAAUGCGAAGAUCGCGGACUUCGGUUUGGCUCGUGUUCUCACGGAGGACGAGAUUGGUGAGAAGAGGAAGGACGGAGUAGUGGUGGUGGAAGUUGUUGGAGAGGAUAAUGGAUCGAUAAUCGAGGAAACAGAGAGUGUGAUGACGGAGGAUAUUGUUGUUGCGGCGGUGAAUGUUGACAGGUCGCCUGAAAGUUGCGCAAGGGUUUUGGAUUCGGAGUCUGAAAUGUUGGCAAUCGAGGGAUCUCCGUCGGAGGGUUUGGAUAAGACGAGUGCGUCUGAGUACUGUUUAGAUAGGGUUAGCAUUGAUAGUGACCAUAGACGAAUUGGGAGGAAGAAGACGGGUGGAUCAGAUAGAGAAUGGUGGUGGAAACAGGACAACGGCAAUGGAGAUGGUGUAGUAUCUGAAUCGGGUAGAGUGAAAGAUUAUGUAAUGGAGUGGAUUGGAAGCGCAAUAAAGAAGGAAAGACCCAAUAACGAAUGGGCUGCUGCUGCUGCUGCCACUUCUAGCUUAACAGAGGAGGCUGCAAGGAAGAACAAGAAGAAACUGGAAUGGUGGACAUCAUUAGAUGAGGAGGAGAGAAAACGAAAAGAAAAGAAGAAUAGAAAGCCAAGGGAGUGGUGGAAGGAGGAAUUCUGCGAGGAAUUGGCAAAGAAGAAGAAGAAAAGAGGUCACAGCCACAGAAUCGGGGGUGGGGGCGAUGCGUGGUGGCAGAGGGAGGAGGAAACUACACCGGAUAGAAAGAAGAGGAAGAACAGAAGCAAAGGAAGCAUAGAUUGGUGGUUAGAUGGUUUGAGUGACCGAAGAAAUAGCCAAGAGUGGGCUAGCGGCGAGAUUCCAAAGAGUGGCGGCAUCAGCAGCACUCCGAGUAUGAGAGGAACUGUAUGCUACAUUGCACCCGAGUAUGGAGGUGGUGGACAUCUUUCCGAGAGAGGUGACAUUUACAGUUUCGGUGUGUUAUUAUUAGUUUUAAUUUCAGGAAGAAGACCAUUACAAGUAACAGCCUCACCAAUGUCAGAAUUCGAGAGAGCCAAUUUGAUUUCAUGGGCUCGACAAUUAGCCCGAAAUGGGAAGUUAUUAGAUCUUGUUGAUCCUUGUAUUCAUUCUUUGGACAAGGAUGAAGCACUUUUAUGCAUCACAAUGGCACUACUAUGUUUACAAAAAACCCCAAUGAAGAGACCAACUAUAACAGAGAUUGUUAGGGUUCUAUCUGGUGAAGCUGAUGCUCCUCAAUUGCCUUUUGAGUUUUCUCCAUCACCUCCUUCCAGUUUUCCUUUCAAAUCGCGUAAAAGGGCAAGGUGAAGGUGAGUUCUUUGUCGAUUUAACUAACAAUUAAUUGACUGAUUCUGUUUGCAAAAAGUGUACAUAAUUGCUUUAGAGUCAAACAAAUUAAGAUCUGAAAACCAAGUUUGAUCCUUAAGAAUCCUAUGCAUAAUGAUGUGUGGUAUAAAGGAGCCAUCUUUGUAGGCAUAAGUAAUGAUAACUAAUCGAUUAGUGCCACGGAAUUUGAUGAACUUACUCUUUAUUAGCUGUGAAAAAAAGAUUUGGGUCCCUCCAGAUUUUAUCUAUC